AUGGAUUUAAAAGGGUCACUUGUUGAUACCAAUCUUAGAAUUUAUGUUUCGAAAAAGGCUAUAGAAUUUUUGAAGACUCUUCCAAACAGUGUGGAAUUACCUGAAAAUAUUAUAAAAGUUUUAGAGGAUGAAUCGUCCGAUAAUGUGAAGUAUAAACCUCUAAAUAGUAGCCCCAAUGCUGUACAAAUUAGUAACAAAGACAUUGAAAACUUAGACAAAAUUCAAAAUGAAUUUGCAAAUAAAACAUGUAACAAAGAGACAACAGAAGCAAGCAAAGACAAAAAUGAUAGUGAAAAUGAGAAUGACACUAUAGUAGACAGCAAUGAUGAAAAGUGCAAAGGGAACUAUUUACUCACUUCUGAUUUGGACUGGCUGUACUCUUACAUGAAAAAGAAGCGAGAUAAUGGUGAUAAAAUUCCUUAUUUACAUGAACUUCUAGAAGGUUCUCACAUUGAAAUGCCAGAGAAUGAAAUUAUCAAGAGAAAUCCAGAUCUAGAGGCUAGAUGUGUAAAACUGAGGGCGCAACAGGAGGCACGAGAGUACAGAAAAAUGACCAAAGGAGUGGAUAAUGUUAGGAUGAGGUUCCCAGAAGAUAGUAUUUCCUAUCAGUUAAAACAAGUAAAUCGCCAGCUGAUUGCUAUUGGACAGUUCAUUAUUUCCAUAUUCGCUGGCUUCCUAUUUGGCUUCAAAGGUGUGGAAUGGAUGGUGGGGAACUUAGAUUUUGGUUUCCGAUUACUAUUGGGCGUAAUGUGCGCUCUAGUGAUCGCCCUUGCGGAAAUUUAUUUCCUGGCCAAAAAACUGAAUGAAGAAUUGAACAUUCCAGAAACUGUGCAAUUGGGUGGGCCUGUCAAGCUUUCAAAUGAGAACAACACGAAGGCACAUUUAGACUAGUUUUUUAUUUUGUAAGUAUGUAGUUAAAUACAUAAUGGCUAGUAUACUAUAUGAAAAUUGUCCUAGUGGUUCAGGCUCUAAAUGGUGACUGGACCACCACAAUCAAUCAUGCAUUGACGAGAAUUAUGUUGACUCACAGUCGACACACUUAACAUCUUGUGUGACUAGAAAAGCAUGUUAUUUGUAACCGCUUACUUUUUUCUGUUGUUACUGUGGUCAAAUAUGUAAGUACUUACAUAAUUAUUUUCUAGUAGUGUAUAAAACAGUUACAGAUGUUUUCCUUUUUAUAUUGUUUGAAUUUUAUGGAUAAGUUAUUAAAAUAAACAUUAAUUAAUGCA